AAGCAAUCAAUCAAGCUCAAAGCAUCGCGUGUCAAUUAAUACCGGACCAGAUGAAGAAGAAUCGUCAUGAAUCAUGAAUCUUCACUCCAACUCAGAGAAACAGGUUGAAAUAUCUUUCACACAAAACUCCAACUCUAGCACCAUCAUCAUUCAUAAGCCAUCAUCUUUGAUCCAAUAAUUCAACUUGCCUCUAGCCACCAUAGUUUGAAAUUAAUCCACCCUUUUCUGUUUAAAACCGACCUCCUUUUCUUUGGUUACUAAAUCUCAAUACCCAAAACAGAGAGAAAAAAUAAUAAUGGAUCUUGAUGAGUGGGAGUACCUCCCUGAUGAUGCCUUUCUUGAUUUCCAUGAAGAAAAUGAGAAGAAGGUCUUGUUUAGCAAGCGCUACUUCGACUCGAAAAGUGUGUUCAAUACGUACCACGACUACUACAUAGUCCAAUCACCCAAUUCUUCUACUUCUAAGAAGCUUAAUCAAGUAGAUCAUCCUGCCGUGCCUCCCAAACAACUUGCCGUUCCUGUUCAACUUCAACUGCUUCCUCCACCAAUCUUUGUCAGAUCCACACAGACACCAUAUCAUGAAGGAAAGCAAGAGACUCUUGUGCCAUUUUCAGCAGCAGGUGCUGAUGUUACAGGUACUAGAGAAAGAGGAGGAGGAGGUGAAGGUGAUCAAGACCCCCUACUCUCCCAAGUUUACUUCAAGAAGACUAGCUGGGAACCCGAAUCUGUCGACAUGAAAAUGGACUCGCCAAGGUCUCCUACCAGAGCAGGAUUCGGAUUUGGAUUCGUGCAUCAAACCACUAGUGAUUCCACUGCUGGAGGAGCCAAGUUUCAGUUUGAUGAGUGUAAUGGUGAGGCCAAAGUCAGCUCUCCAAGAAUGAAAACCAAAAACAAAGAGGAGGAGAAGGAGGAUGAUGAUCAAGGAAAGAGGGAGAACAACAACAACAUAUGGAAGAUGAGCUUGACUGGAAUCGGAGCUAUUUGCUCUUUUGGAUUUGCUGCAGCUACCAUUUGUAUUCUGUUUUUGGGAAGCCACCACCAAAGCAACAAACAGAACCACAAACACUUCCAGAUCUACACUGAUGACAAUAAGAGUAUUCAGGAGGUGGUUCAUCGAGCAACCAAGUUCAACGAGACAUAUACAGCAGUGAGAGGGGUACCUCUAAGCAGAGCUCAUAUAACAUCUGGAGGUUACUAUACAAGUGCUCUAUAAGACCCCCAACUUGGCCAUUGCUUGGUCUGCAAAAUCUUGUUCUGUAUAUCACAAUUAGCCCUGUUACUUUGUUGUAGUAUAGUUUUCUGAGUCCAUUUUUCUCUUUUGUAAAUUCUUAUACAAGGCUUUGCAACUGGA